AUGGCAAGGAUCUGUAAUUUAGCGACGACCGAAGGGGCUAAUUGGGGAAUAGAUGGUUGGAUGGAUGUUAGAAGCCACCCUUCUGAAGAGGAAGAGGCAACGAUAGAAUACUUGGACUACAUCACUUCACUGAAUCCGUACGAUGACGUGGCUGAUGAGUUGGCGAGGAUUGAUGUUACUGUGUAUCCCAAUAGACCGCCGGGAAACUGGGACUCGGCGGCGGAGCGGGCUUGCGAAAAAUAUCUCCGCAACGGAACUUUGAUUGAGGACAGUGAAUCUGAAGAGUCUGUUCAUGAUGAUGGUGAUAUGGGAGGAGCUUCUCCUGCUGAUGAUCAAUUGAUCAUGCCGGUGGUGAACGUGAUCAAACCCCUGAACCUGGCCCUUCGAUGA